AAUCGGACGAACAGAAGAAUUUAUGCAGCAAAAUUGAGGUGGCAACUUUUCAAAUGCCUGUUAGUCGGCUUGGAUCUGGAGACGUUGAGAAAGCAUUGAUAGAAGAGGCCACAAAAUACAAUUGUGAGAACAUAGAGAAAGAAUUACGAUUGGUAAUGAUUGGUAAAACAGGUGUUGGUAAAAGCGCUUUGGGUAAUUUUAUUUGCGGAAAAUUAGAAUUUCUGUCCAAACAGGGUGCUAGCUCAGGAACUAACUCGUGUUCAUUUGGGCAAUGUAUAAUAAACAAUCGUAACGUUAUGGUAAUAGAUACCCCUGGAAUAUUUGGGACCGAACAAAAUACAGAAUACGUUGAAGAUCAAAUACGCAAGUGUAUCGGAAUGGGGGCACCUGGUCCACAUGCCAUCAUGUUUGUAAUGUCACUUGCAGAGAGAUUCAAAAUUGAAGACAAAAAAGCUAUACGCGAGUUUAUGAAAUUCUUUGGUACAGAUAUGCUCAAGUAUGUCAUAGUUGUUUUCACACACUCUGAUGUUCUUGGAGAACAAUCCGAUGAUAUGCCUGAUCAACUAAAAGAACUAUUGCAGUCAUGUGGUAACAGGUAUGUUCGAUUAAAUACCCACGCCGAAGGAGAUGAGCGGGUUACACAAUUAAAUAUGCUAUUGACCGAAAUUCAAAAUCUCAAGCUCAAAAACUAUGAGGACGAAAAUUUCAAAAUUACCGAAAAAUUACUUAUCAAGCGAGAAGAAGAAAUAUGCGCAGAAGUGAAAAGGAGACUGGAGAAAACAGAAGCAGAAAUUAAAGAAGAAGUGGACAGGCGAAUGAAAGAAAGAGAAAAGGAGUUAAAAACUGAAACUGAUAAGCGCUUAGAAUUGGUCGUCAAAGAUGUAAUUAAGCAGAUGCUACUUCCUGCACAAAAGCAAGCCAUUCAUCGACUUAUGGCGGUCAGAGAUGAAGUAAGGUCCGAAAUUGAAGAUGACCAGUCACAAUUUGUUACCAGUGGUAGUAAACUGAUUCCAGGUGCUAGCUCAGGAACUAACUCGUGUUCAUUUGGGCAAUGUAUAAUAAACAAUCGUAACGUUAUGGUAAUAGAUACCCCUGGAAUAUUUGGGACCGAACAAAAUACAGAAUACGUUGAAGAUCAAAUACGCAAGUGUAUCGGAAUGGGGGCACCUGGUCCACAUGCCAUCAUGUUUGUAAUGUCACUUGCAGAGAGAUUCAAAAUUGAAGACAAAAAAGCUAUACGCGAGUUUAUGAAAUUCUUUGGUACAGAUAUGCUCAAGUAUGUCAUAGUUGUUUUCACACACUCUGAUGUUCUUGGAGAACAAUCCGAUGAUAUGCCUGAUCAACUAAAAGAACUAUUGCAGUCAUGUGGUAACAGGUAUGUUCGAUUAAAUACCCACGCCGAAGGAGAUGAGCGGGUUACACAAUUAAAUAUGCUAUUGACCGAAAUUCAAAAUCUCAAGCUCAAAAACUAUGAGGACGAAAAUUUCAAAAUUACCGAAAAAUUACUUAUCAAGCGAGAAGAAGAAAUAUGCGCAGAAGUGAAAAGGAGACUGGAGAAAACAGAAGCAGAAAUUAAAGAAGAAGUGGACAGGCGAAUGAAAGAAAGAGAAAAGGAGUUAAAAACUGAAACUGAUAAGCGCUUAGAAUUGGUCGUCAAAGAUGUAAUUAAGCAGAUGCUACUUCCUGCACAAAAGCAAGCCAUUCAUCGACUUAUGGCGGUCAGAGAUGAAGUAAGGUCCGAAAUUGAAGAUGACCAGUCACAAUUUGUUACCAGUGGUAGUAAACUGAUUCCACAUUAUAUAGCGUCAUAA